CACCGUUCUUGCUCAUCGACUAGGAGUGGACGCGAGAUUGGCGCGACUGAAAGCAAGAUCAGCUGCAGGGCCAUCGGCAUACGAGUAGAGUAGAGUUUGCGAGCGAGCUGCCGACUCGGCAAGAUCCGAUCGAAGCUCUUCCUUCUGUCACAAAUGUCCAAGUCCAGCUCCCUCCCCAUCUCAGAAUUCACUGCUAGCGCGAAUUCGUCAUGCACGUUUUCGUGGACUCUUCUGCAUGCUUCUUUCUAGGAACUGAAGCAGUCAGUCUGUCUUUCGUACAGCACAGAGAACAUCCCAGCUGCUUGCGCGUCUCCAUCCCAGGCCACUCCCUAGAGCUGCUAUCAUGGAUGGGAGCAAUUAGGCGUUUUUGGCCCGCUCAUCAGGGCGCCAAAUCGUAUGGACUGCCGCGGAUUUGUUCCCACUGGGAUCUUUCGUCGGCUGAUAGAAGGGAUCUCGCUCAAAAUUAUCCGUGAGUUUGAGCCGAUCACGCGCGGGUCGCACUCGAGUCAGCGCCUUGUCCCGAGGAGCGGGGGACUGGGAGGGAGUGCGGCAUGCAUGGCGGCACAGGGACCCUGUCUCUAUGGACUCCCUCAAGCUCCCGCUCUGCGGCCUCGUAGCCCUGCUAUCUCUGCUUUACCUGCGUCCCUGCCGCUCAACCACAAGGAACGGCUCCAUCCCGCUCAUCAUUGGAUCCGAGUCCAACCCCCUCUCGACGUACCUCAGUGCGUGGCGCGCGUUCGCCGACAGUCUCGGCGUCGUGCAGCACGGAUACGAGCUGGACCGCACCGGCGUGUUCCGCGUGCCGGGUUUCUGGCGCUGGGAAUACGUCGCGAACGGACUGCAGCGUGCGCUCGAGAUUGCAGCUGCGCCCGAAGAUGUAUUAUCGUUCAAUGCUGCAGCCGAGGAUGGCCUGCAAUCCGACUGGACGAUAGGCAAGGCGUUCACACGGAACCCGUACCACGUAAACACCGUUCGUGCUGGAUUGACGCGCAACAUCGGUCGCUCGUUUCCUCAGGUUCGGGAGGAGAUGAUCCACGCGUUCGACUCUACAUUGGGAUUGGAUGGCGAACAUUGGAAACUGGUUGCGGUGAUGCCGACAGUGAGGCAGGUAGUGGCGCGCACGAGCAACCGUAUCUUCGUGGGACUCCCUCUCUGCCGAAACCCGGAGUUUGUGCAGCUCAAUAUUGACUAUACUAUCGAUAUUAUCACUCGUGGGGGACUCAUCCGGCUGUUACCCCACUGGAUAAAACCUCUGCUAGCCCCCUUGUUAUCAUCCAAGAACAGCUCGAUUCGUCACGCGCUCACGUUCAUGCGGCCAGUCCUCCAAGAGCGCUUGGAUAUGGAUGCCGAACAUGGAAAGGAAUGGGCUGAUCGACCGAACGACUUCAUCUCGUGGCUCAUAGACGACCUCCCGGCCAAUGAAGAGCCUACGGUGGAGGACCUCGCGCUGCGGAUCCUUGCUGUGAACAUGGCAGCGAUCCACACCUCGUCGACGACACUGACAGCGGCAUUGUACGAUCUGGCCAAGUACCCUGAAUACUUGGGACCUUUGCGGGAAGAAGUAGAACGCGUCACCGCAGCGGAGGGAUGGACCAAGGCUUCUCUCGGCAAUAUGCACCAGAUCGACAGCUUCUUGCGCGAGUCGCAACGAAUGCACGGCAGUGGUUCCGUCGCGCUACUCCGCCAAGUCAUUGCGAAAGAAGGAUUCACUUUCUCGGACGGAAUCACCAUUCCAUGUGGCUCCUUCGUCGGCGUCCCCUCGUCUUCGGUCCAGCUCGAUCCAGAGUUCUAUGAGAACCCGGACGCGUUUGAUGGUUUCCGAUCUUCCCGACUUCGAGAGACAGCGGCGACGUUCAAUCAGCUGAUGGUCACGACCAAUGCACGGGACCACCUCGUCUUUGGGCACGGCCGACAUGCCUGUCCGGGGCGGUUCUUCGCGGCGGCAGAGCUCAAGGCGAUGCUGGCGCAUGUCGUACUCAACUACGACGUCAAGGCAGAGGUACCCGGCGUCGGACCCCCAGAUGCAUGGUUCGGGCCCGCUCGAUUCGCUAAUGCGAAAGGCAAGAUUUGGAUGAGGAAGAGGGUGUGAGGAGCUGCGAUCGAUUACUGCGCGUCGAAGCUUGAAUACUCUGUACUUGUAUCAUUCCCAUGCCACUCUUCCAUCCAUCCAUCCAUCCAUCCAUCCUCAGUCCUGGCGCACGAACACCGCGCUUUUCUCGAACACCCGGACCUCGAUUUGGGGCAGAACAGCCUUCCAUUGCUCCGUGUUUGCGUUUGUCGUCAUAUGCACAAACUCGGGCGUCUCUGCGAAUUCGGCGUGGGACCAUUCGUGGAACGACAGGUACUGCACGCAGUCCCCCGAAUCUGUGUUCACCCGCCGCCGAUAUCGACGCGAUCUUGACCACCCAGGGACCCUCCGAUAGUCCUCCAAAUGCUCCCCCUCGUACCACUGAUUGAACUCGAUCUCGUCUUCCCUCCGCACGAGGAUCGCUGCGAGGAACAGAAUCUCAGCCGGCAAGGAUGUGGUGGAGGACCCUGCUGUGUCUGACGUGAAAGUCGAUCGGUGCGCGUACUCGGAUUGUACGGGGUCGCUCGUCUCGAGAAAGUGCAUCCACUGAGGACUGCGGUCGUCGAUCGCACGAUAACGGAUCCCGGAGGUCACUGAAGCAUUCAGUAUGGAUGGAUGAAUGAAUAGAAUGGACGAAUGAGAGAGCACGCCUAUGAGUGCAGUCGACUCGUACACACCUUCCACCCCAUUGAUCACUGUGCCCCAAUCCGCCUCGGACUCCGUGUACACCACGAGAAUAUCCUUCGUCUCCGGGCUUGUUGCAUCCAUAUCAGUGUGCAGUGCAGGUUCCCUACAAGUUGCGGUGCUGGUGCCCAGUUUUACGGGACGCCAAGCAGGCCGUCCAUGCCCGGCAGACCACGUUGUCCUGUUUAUCUAUACAUCCAUGACCCAACAGGACCGAAUGCGAAUGUAUGCGCAGCCCGUGCCUGGGCAGGCCCGCCAGUAUCAGUGUUUCAUCCCUUAGGCGAAUGUAAUGAGUAUUCCUUCGCAACCGUCUCGACUGACGUACUGGCACGACCCUGGAAGGCAUUACCCCUGCCGCUUUCUUGAGGUGAAUAAACACUGGGGAUGUCGCCGGACGGGACGUGAUUUGGAUCAAUCAGCUUGAUCUGGUCGUUGUUCCUCGGCCCAACUCGGGUGACUUAGGACUGGUCGAGCUCAGAGUCGUCUCUCGAAAGAAGAAGCAGUGGAGAUUGAUACAUGGCAUGAUACAAACAGGCGAUAUCAG